GAUAUGUCGUGUUUCUCGUGUUGCCCUUGACUCCAUCCAUAAAAUUAAUGUUUCUAUAAAGUUUUCUGUGUUUUAAAAGAUUAUUAAAUGUUAAAAGUGUGUCUUAAUUGGUAAAGGUGCUUACCAAAGUGUGUCAAGUGAUUUGUUCAGUGUUUUAAUGUAGAUUCGCUGUAGCGUCACCUGACUGGACUCAUUGUCAUUUCCCGCCAUUGUGGCUUUUACUACAUCUAAAUCUUGAUUUUCGGCUCUAAUUGAAGUGUUUAAAUGUAGAUUAACUUUCGUAAUAUUCAUUUGAGACUAAGUUAUGUCAUUGCACGGUAAUGAUGUGUGUUUACUAGAAAUAGAAGAAGACUACAACUUGUACGAAGAAGAGACAUCUGAUCACGCUAUUCCCAGGAGUGAAAGGAGUGAAAAGCAUUCUCUAACUGGAAGUAAAACAAUGGAAGCAGAAAAAAGGAUCCGUCGAGAAAUUGCUAAUAGCAAUGAGCGUAGACGUAUGCAGAGUAUAAACGCUGGAUUCCAAGCUCUUAGAACUUUGUUGCCCCGUCAUGAGGGAGAGAAGCUCAGCAAGGCUGCCAUAUUACAACAAACAGCAGAGUACAUUUAUUCACUGGAGCAGGAAAAGACUAGAUUGCUGUCACAGAACUGCCAGCUUAAGAGAUUGCUCAAUCAACAUGAAGGAGGUGAAAUACCUCUGAAGAAAAGAAAAAGUGAAAUCAUUGUACCCUCAAUAAUACCUGACUCAACAGAUGAUGCAAUUAGCAACUCCACUAUUACACCUGAGCCUGUUGCUGUUAUUAAAGUUUCCAGUGUGGUGCAGAAGAAGGAACCUGAAAAUAGUGAGUUCCGUGCUCAGUUAGAGAGAGAAAGACGACUCAGACGUGUUCUUGAGGAACGUCUUCAUACUCUCGAGUCGCAAGUAUAUCCGGAGGCAACACAGGAGGUCACUCAAGUGGUUCACUAUGAAGAAACAGAUGUAGCCGAGUGUAAGGUAGAGAGUGAGGAAGUUGAGGCCCCUCCUCCCCCGCCUCCUCCCCCGGCACCGGUUGAAGCCCCGGUCCCCCAGCCCGCUAAAGCUAAAGUGCCAUCUCCUUUGUUAGAAGCAGCUAUAAAAGCAGAGCCACGUGUGGAAGUGGAGGUCCUGCCUGAUCCCAAUCAUGAUGCCCCCUCGCGUCUAUAUUUGGCAAGCACAAGCCGGCAGAACUUAGAAACUAUAGUAGAAGCCAUUCGUCACCUGGAGGGAGAUCACCUUUUCAGAGAGGAAGCAGGAGAUGCACCACUCGCACUGACGAAGAAAUCUGAGCGCACGCCCCCACAGAGGCCCGGAGUGAUUGUGGUGAAGCACUCGUGAUUGCAUUAAACUAGUCUCGGACGUUUUGCUCGUUGUGUUUAUCGUCUGUACGAAGAAAACUCCUGACCUUUCUCGAAUAUAGUUUUAAAAUGUUUAGUUAUUUAAUUGUCUUUUCCAAAGUGACAAAUUAUAAGUCUUGUGUUUUGUUAAUUUUUACAUAUUAAAGAUAAGAGGAUGAAUGUAAUAUAAGUUAAAUGAGUUGUGGCAUAUGUUGAUUGGCGCUGUGCUUAGUUUAGUCUCAGAUAUAAUUAUUGUAGGGUAAGGUUACUCGGGUAUCUCAUGAGAUGGAUUGAGGAUUGACUGAUUUGUAUAAGAGAGUAUAUGCGAGGAAUCUGUAAAUUCACCGUGCUGGGUGCCAAUUGUAACUGACAUGUUAAUUUGAAAAUAAGUAAUCUAGUGGGAUCUAUUAAAUAUGACACAUACUUUUGGAAGUAACUAAAUAGUUACUUCCAAAAGUAUGUGUCAUAUUUGAAAAUCUUGUUUUAAAAAAAUUGUUCUGUUUAAACCUAAGUUUCUUGUUAAAUUUUACCAUUUUCAAAAGUUAUUGCUCAAUAUGAAAUUCAGAAGUAACUUACAUUUUAUAUUGUACGC